AUCAACUGGACGCUUCAAUUAAAGGGGAAAUGUGAAGCGAAUAUAACUCAGCUUUGGCACUCAAAUUGCAAAAGCCACCGUUGUAAACUCCUGCAGCGUGCGACUGCGUUACCGGCGUUGCACAACGGGCGCCGAUUGUACGGGGAGCACGUUGAUGUGGCGCACGUCGCAUGGCAUUGGAUAGCAAAGGGUUAAUUUUUUCCACAGCCGACAUUUUCGUUCGGCGCUCUAAUGGCAACUUUUAAACUUUUUAUUUCGUACGCUGCACGCGUGGUCCUUGCCCCUCCACCUACGCUGCGUAUUUCAAACAACAACUUAUUCUAUCAUUUCAUUGUGUGUAUGUUGGCUUCUCCUAGUUGAAUACAGUAUAGCAACACCUUGUGCACACAAUGCGCACAUCACUUCAUGCACGGGUCGGCAGCUAACUGGAGCUAGCGCGGAAAUCGAAUUGUACGCUCAAACGCGUCAAUGUGAUUGGAAUACACUUAACACGUUUCUCAUUAUGUAAAGCAUACAUUCUGAUUUUAAUUUAAAAAGUAAUGCGCUGAUGUCGUGCUUGAAGUUGUCCCCUCAUGGCAUGCGUUGACUCCACAUGUAACGCCUCUUCCCACUGGCUGACCCAGUGGUUGGAAGUAACAAAGUACACAUCUUGAGGUGGCCCUGACUAUCUUCAGACAUGUCGGUGAGAGAGUCCUUUAAUCCCGAGAGCUACGAGCUGGACAAGAACUUCCGGCUCACACGCUUCGCAGAGCUCAAGGGAACGGGUUGCAAGGUACCCCAAGAGGUUUUACAGAAGCUUUUAGAGAACCUACAAGAGAACCACUACCAGGAAGAUGAACAGUUCCUGGGUGCAGUCAUGCCUCGAUUAGGCAUCGGCAUGGACACCUGCGUCAUCCCGCUACGACAUGGAGGCCUUUCACUUGUUCAGACGACAGAUUACAUUUACCCUAUAGUGGACGAUCCCUACAUGAUGGGUCGCGUGGCAUGUGCAAAUGUUCUCAGCGACCUGUACGCCAUGGGGGUGACGGAAUGCGACAACAUGUUGAUGCUGCUGGGCGUCAGCAACAAAAUGUCAGAGAAGGAGAGGGACAAAGUCAUGCCGCUCCUCAUGCAGGGCUUCAAAGAUGCGGCGGAGGAGGCGGGCACGUCUGUGACGGGUGGACAGACAGUGCUCAAUCCCUGGGUGGUCUUGGGGGGCGUCGCUACCACCGUGUGCCAGCCCAAUGAAUUCAUUAUGCCAGACAAUGCAGUGCCAGGAGACGUGCUGGUGCUCACAAAGCCGCUGGGGACGCAAGUGGCCGUGGCUGUGCACCAGUGGCUCGAUAUCCCCGAGAAGUGGAAUAAGAUCAAGUUGGUCGUUACGCAGGAAGACGUCGAGCUGGCCUACCACGAAGCAAUGAUGAACAUGGCUCGCCUCAAUAGGACAGCUGCCAGCCUCAUGCACACGUUCAACGCACAUGCCGCAACCGACAUCACGGGCUUUGGCAUUCUGGGCCACGCCCAGACGCUGGCCAAGCAACAGCGGAGCGAAGUGUCCUUUGUUAUCCACAACCUUCCCGUGCUCGCCAAGAUGGCCGCCGUGUCCAAGGCGUGUGGCAACAUGUUCGGUCUCAUGCACGGCACCUGCCCAGAGACGUCAGGGGGGCUGCUCAUCUGUCUGCCGCGUGAGCAGGCGGCACGUUUCUGCGCUGAGAUCAAGUCACCCAAGUACGGCGAGGGCCACCAGGCAUGGAUCAUAGGCAUCGUAGAGAAGGGCAACCGCACAGCGCGCAUCAUCGACAAGCCACGGAUCAUCGAGGUGGCGCCGCAGGUAGCCACACAGAGCGUCAACCCAACGCCCGGUGCUACGUCCUAACCCCCCCAAAGGGCCCCUCAUCAUCAUCAUCAUGACCUUCCUCCUGCUGCAUCUGACGAUGAUUUUGUUUUCAAACAAGCAACUACAGAAACCUGUUAAGAGUGUCCACUCGUUUGACUACUGGCUGGUGUGUAUGUGACAAACAGCUUCACCCAGUGGCUUAGAGUGGCAUUACAAUCCCCAUGGACUCCAAAUGUCAUAAUUGGUCAUUCGUUUGCCUUUUGUGUGGCUUUUUUUCUGUAUUCUGAAGGUGAGAGAAGACGACAGAUCCACACUGCUGAUGGAUGAUUAGUCACGGAUCCUGGUUUGUCAGAACUUUUUCUCAUCUAAAAGGAAGGUCCGUGUCUUGUCGUUUGGUUGGUUUUGUUUGUCCACUUAUGUACAGUUAUAAAGUUCUUUGCUGUAAUGUUGCCUUGAAAGGAACUGUUGGAAUGUUUUUUUUAAUUCAGUUGACUUUUUGUAUUGACCCCCACCAGAAUAAAUACUCAAAUACUA